CAAAAAUUAAAGAACACAGGAAAAUAUUUUGAAACAUGUUAAGAAAGAGUACUAAUUAGAGGAUUUUUUAUGUAAUUUGUAAAUGUCCCCUCUCGCCUUGGUAUUGUCCUAAUGUGGCUUUUACGAUUGUGAUGUGAGAAUCAGUUUCGAAUACAGCAAUAUAAGAAGGAUAAAAAACUAUCAAAACAUCUCUCAGAAAAUGCGUCCAUUAUUACUUGGCAAACACUCUACCCAUUCUAAUAGUGUAGGAACGUUUCAACAACAGGAUAAUCAUCACCAAUAUAUAUAUCCCAAUAAUAAUAAUGGCCUUUCGAAUAAUAAUCAACUAAAAUCCAAUAGUCCUAAUUCGUCUCAUGAUAACAUGACGCCUCUCCUUUUAAAAAAUAGAAUGACAGCUCCUAAAGCAAUUGAUAAAGAAAUUAGUAAAUGGUCUUGUCAAGAUGUUGGUAUUUGGUUAGAUUGGAUGAAACUAUCACACUUGAAACCGAUAUUUAUUCAAAAUCAGAUAAGUGGAGAUGAAUUAUUGGAAUUAACGGAUGCUGAAAUAAUUAAUGAUUUGAAAGUUAGGGACGAAUAUGAACGAAAGUUAAUUAAAGAAUUAAUUGAUAAUAGGGAAGUUUGGAUGAAACGAGGAAGUAAAAAACUUUCAAAUGAUAGUUUGGAUUCUUUGGAAGAAUAUCCGAAACCAAUUUCACCCAUUAACAUGAGUCCACAAGCAGUGAAAUAUCAAGUUUUGAAUCAAAAACCUAUAUUUCCCAAUACAAAAAGUUCAUUAGAAUUGGAUGAAUUUUCAGAUUGUGAUGAUUUGACAAGUGUUGGAGGAAUAUUUCUUGACAGAUCAACUAUUGCUUCUCAAAAAUUGGAAGUAUUAUUAGAAACUCUCUAUAAGGAUGUAGGAAAUGUAAAAUUCAAAGUUUACAGAGGUAGUGAUAUUUAUCUGAUAACUCAAAAACGUUCUCAACUCUCAUUCACCUCACUCAAAUUGGAAAUUAUUGAGAGAUAUCAAUGUGUCAAACCAACAAUACUUUACAAGACGAGAGACGGUGAUUUUAUUAUAAUUAAUAGGGACGAGGAUUUGGCAAGAGUUAUUUCUUCCUAUCAUCAGAAUGGAGGCGAUGUACGAAUAGCAACACAAAUUCCAAUGCCACAAAUCAGAUGA